UGCCUUUUUGUGGUCAGUUUCCUAUUCCCACCACCUAUCACUUUAUCCUAGCCUUUGCAAUGCACACUGCACAAAACUCUUCAUAUGUAUAACUCUAGAGACUGGCAUGUGUGCUGAAACACUCAAGACAACUCUAUUCGUGCGUUUUACAUUUCCAGUCACUCAUUUUUUUCUGCUCAAACCGAAGAAAACUGGGUACUCAGUGUUUUCUCAGAAACAGUGACGCGGAUUUUCAGGCAUCUCCACGCAGGACUCUCACAUCUCCCCUCCUUUAGGCAGCGCAGUGAAGGAGAGAGCUGCUCUACACACAGCAGCAUCAUCAGCAGCAACAGCAGGCAUCAAACCCAGCGCUUGCCGGGGUGCUUUGCCCCCCACUUAAGACAUGGCGUCUGAAAACCGAUCGAUGGCAGACCGCUGAGGAAGAGGCGUGAGUGAUGGAGUCUCUGUUCGGAGGGGAGCUAGGAUUGCUGGGAGGAAGUGAGGGACUGAAGGAGGAUGGCUGCUGGGCGGGAUCACCCUUACCUGAGGAUAUGUACUCAGCCUCCCACUUUGCCCUCAUCAGCGCUUACCAGGACAUCAAGACCCGACUGGCCGGCCUGGAGAGGGAGAACACAGACAUCAAAAGGAAGCUGAAGCUUUACGAGAUAAAGUUUCCCACGAUCAAUGACUUUGGUGAAGACAGGAACUCCUACUGCUCCUUUGAGCCCAAAGACACGGCCCUGCUCCAGUCUGAGAACGACAACCUGCAGCAGAGAAUCAACAUCCUCACCCAUGAGCUUCAAAAGAGUAAGGAGCGGGAGGAGCAGCUGGAAGAUGUUAUUCAGGCCUAUGAGAAGAUCCACAUGGAGAAGACUAAUCUCCAGAGAGACCUGGACAAGAUGACAUCUCUGGUGGAGAAGCACGUGGAGCGUAUCCACAGUCUGGAGGCUGCUCUGAGGCAGCGAGACAGCUCUCUACACAAAUUCAACACACAACUGCACAGCAAAGACAUGCAGUACCUGCAGCUACAUGCCAGUCCUGACACACACAGGCUAGACUGCCCAGCUUUGACCCUCCAGAGCUCCCGCAGUCUGGAUACUCUCUCCGACCUGAAACUGCAGCGGUUGGAGGCAGAGCUAGAAGGGGCACGGCAUGAGGCCCAAGGAGCGUGUCAGAGGGAGGAGGAGCUAAAAGCUGAAUGUGAGAGACUGCAAAAAGAUCUAAGAGAGCUUCAGAACAACCAGAGACAACAGGAUGUGAGCUCCACUUGUGCCCAGUGUGACAUGGAAUGGAUAAAGAAGGUGGGAGAUGAACAAGUGAAUCUGGCUCUGGCCUACACUGAGCUGACUGAGGAGCUUAGCAGGCUGCAGGCACUCAGCACCAAACAGACUGAGAUCCUGAGAAAAGCCUCACAGGAAGACACAAGCCCAGUUCAACGCCAUUCUCCUGUGCCACACCAGAGGCACUCACCUGUUCCACAGCGGCACUCCCCCAUUCAGCAACGUCAUUCCCCAAUCCAACAGCGUCAUUCCCCAAUUCAACAGCUCCAUUCCCCUAUUCAGCAACGUCGCUCUCCGGUGCUGCAGCGUCUCUCCCCGGACAUGCACCGCCGCUCGCCCCUGGCUGAACUUAACGAUGGCCCAGCUUCCUACACCUGCAGACCCCCCACUCAACACCUAAGAGCUAGUUUCCAAGGGCGCCGCAGUUACUCAGAGGUUGCAGACCCUUCGGCCUAUCAGCGUCCACCACGUUUCACCCUUGACCCUGUUUCCACCUUGCCUAAGCCCCGUCCUUAUGUUGAGAGUUACCACAAACAGCAGCAGCAACAGCAACAGCAGCAGCAACAUGGCCAUAUCCUGGCUCAAAGGCGAGGCUCCCAGCCUGGGAUUCAGACCAUAGGAGGGGAAGGAAGUAUGGCUGAAUCACCUAGACACACCAGAGAGCUCUCUUUCCAGCAUGCAGAAUUGUCACAUCUGCAUUAUGAGCCUCAGCCUGCUCCAGCAGCACUACAUACCUCUCCCCAGCCACCACACUCUUCAGAGGAUGAGGAAGAGUGGACCUGCCCUCACCCCAUCAGUCCCCCGCGGACACUGGGGACUUCUGGCCCCACCUCCAGCAUGAGAGGCCCUGCUUCCUGUUCAGCCUUCCCCAUCCCACCUCGCCCUAACACUUUAAGCUGCCACCCACCUGGAUACCUGCAUGCAGAACAUGCCCAGUCUUGGCCUUCCAUUAAUCUGUGGAUAGAGACCGAGGAGGAAAGUGAUGUGAGGAGCUGCCCGCUGUGCCAACUCAUCUUUCCUGUCGGCUACCCCGAUGACGCCCUGAUCAAGCACAUUGACUCACAUUUGGAAAAUAGCAAGAUUUGAGGCCACAACCAUCGCACUGUUCCUUAAACCCACUUUAACACCCAUCAACUGUUCCAACAGUUUUAGCUGACUGAAUUAAAAAGGAGAGAGCGAGCCAACUAAGGCCAAGUCCUCAUAACCUGAGGAUUAGCAGAGAUUUACAGUAUGUAGUGUCUAUGGUUAUAAUUAGAAAUGGCACUAAGAGAUAAAGGAUUCACAACAACUUUCUAACAUAAUGUUGGCUUAAUUUAAUUCUUUCAAUUAUUGUCUAUUUUGAUAUCAAGCUAAAUCUUAGAGCUGUUACAGACCGACUCUCCUUAAAACAGACAGUAAUACAGUCAUAUACAGAUGCACCGCAAUAAACAUAAUGCUCAUUUGGCUCCAGGCAGAAAAAAAAACCAUGAGGCUUUAUUUCAACACAGGAUAUUUUUUGCUGUGCAGGAUCUAAUCUGUUAUUUUAAACUAUAGCUUCCAUGAUCCUUCACUGCAUAUUUCAGGCCUGCCUAUAGAGGCACAUCCAUAAGCCACACAAUUAGUUAAACUUCAUCAUGAGUGAUUGAAGACUGUGUAAAUUUAGAGAGGUUGGUGUCCUGCAGGGCAGGACAUCAUAGCCAUUUCAAUAUAUAGUACACUGGCCAAUGACUACAUUUGUAAGUUGGUCUAAAUUUCAGCACUUUAUACAAACCCUUACUAUCUAUAAUUUAUCUUUACAAAUAUUACUAACACUAAAGCAAAAAGAUACAGUAUAGACUUCAUUUAUUUUUAAUAUUACCAAAUAUGAUGUUUCUCUUAAUUACAUCUUAUAUUGAUAGAAUGUUAAAACCCUUUAACAAAACUAUACAUAUAGAUGUAUGUAGUUCAUAAUACAACACACACGUCAACACAGUAUGUCAACUUGGAACUGCAUCUAUUGUCUUCCUGUAUCCAAAGUUCUGGAAUGAAGAAAACUAAAGAAAAUUACCAGGACAUAAAAUCCAUGCUACAAAUUACUCCAAAAACCAACAUUAGAUUCUAAUAACUAACAAAUGACCAAUGGAUAUCGCUCAUACUGGAUCAUAGAAUGGUCUGAAGGUCAAAAACCCCUAAACGAAAUAUAAUGAUGGUGCAUUUUUUCAACACAGCGUUAAUAUGAAUGUCAAAGUUAUUCUACUUAUUACACGCCCAUAACCCUUUUCCGAGUCAGCACUCUCAGACUGACUCAUUUUCCAGUGAGUCAAUAGUAUGGAUGUAUCUAAGUUGUACUUGACAAAAUAAGGAUCCUUUUUAUGACCAAAUUGCAAAGCUGUUGUAUCAAAAUGCUUUAUGUACUAUAAAUGUACUUGAUCUGUAUUUAAAACUAUUUAAGUGUAUUAAAUUGUAAAAUCUACUCUGUAUAUAGAUAGGCAUUUUGCAAGCUCAGAGGAGAGAAAUUCGCUUGCCGAAGAGCUGAAGGAAAGUUUGCUAAGCACUACAUGUGUUGGUUUAAUUCUACUCUGGAGGCAAAAGACAAGAAUUCAGUAAGCUAUGUUAAUUAGCUACCUUUCUAGCUGUUCUCUCUAGAGUGUGUCCUGUAUUGUGAACUCUUUUUGCAAUUUAUAUUACCAUUGUGAAUAGCCAGGACACUUAAUAUCCCAGUGACCCAAUUACUGAGUUACUAAAGAGAGAAAAUAGAACAGCAUGAGCACACCAGUAAAGCCUAAAUUACAUACCCAAAUAUAGCUAUGAGCAGACACUGGCUGCAACAUAGCAAGGGAAGACCACCCAGUUUAAAUGCACUGUCAAAAUUAUAAACAGGAAAUGAUGAAAGACAGUUCAGUAUCCUGAUGGCUGAGAAACACACUUUAUAUCAUGCUAUGUGAAGAGGAUCAUUUAGUCUGGCCACAUCAGUGACCAAGAAAUUAGCAAACAAUACACUAUAACCAUCACAGAGGCCGAUUGGGAAAAACCAGGUUUAUAUUUUGACUGAAAAUAAUGACCAAGUACCAAUCAAGCAUACCAUCUUCAUAUUGGUUAAAGUGCAAAGCCUAAUGUUUUUAACUUGCGGCUCAGACGUGCAGACCGGUGCAUGCGCAGGGUGUCUGCUUCAAAAUCACACAACAGCACAUACAACUUGCACACAUUUUUGGUCAGUCUAGCACCUUUAUCCUACAGUGUAGAAACAAAGCAAAAUGUAAGCCAUUAUUCACAAGAGUUCACUCAGGAGUUAUUUAAAGAGCUAUUGCUGAUGUUUCUCAUCCUUAGACCUGACUUCUCAAAAAAAUUAAAAAUAAAUAAAUAAAUAAUGCAAGCCCUCUCUGGAUCUUCUUCUCUUCUAGCCCUGUUGUUUGGUGUGUGACUACUUUGUGAUAUUCUUAAAUAACUCAGGGGAUAAGACUUUGUGAAUAUGGCUCCUGUAACCGUGCACUCCAAAAUAUCAUUCACAGGAAUGGAGUGAUCACUUGCCAAAUCUGUGAGAGCAGAGAGAGCACUAAAGAGUUAGGUUCUCAUAGACAUAUUUUUGUGAUAGCAAGAAGUGACUUUCAAAAGUCUAUAAGAAGAAAUAUUCAAAAGAAAUGCAUAACGUGUCAUAUUUUAUUGUUUCUGUAAAUAAAAUGGUAAAUAAAAUGGAACAUGCACUCAA